AUGACAUCAAAUAACACGGACAGUACCAGCUCCCUCAUAUACUCCUCCUCCUCCACCGCCUCCUUCACCCAGCCCACUUCCCCCCUCCUCUCCGCGCGCUUGAGCAGCGGCGACACGUCGUCUCUCGACGCCGCCAUCGACUCCGCAAAAGCAACCGUCGAGUCCCGCAAGCUCCCGUCCUCCCAAUACAAGGGCGUCGUCCGCAGCCCCAACGGCCGCUGGGCGCCUUCCCAGUCUAACGAGAAGCACCGCCGGCGUCUGGCUCGCACCUUCGACAACGAGCCCGACGCCGCCGAGGCCUACGACGUCGCCGCCUGCCGCUUCCGCGGCGCCGCGACGCGUCACCACUUCGGCCCCGUCGACGUACGAGCCCCAGCUCGACUUCACUCUCCUCCCGCCUCAGAAAUGGAGAAAGGCCCUGAAGAGGUCAAAGGCCGACGCUUGUCGGGGAGCGCCCGGCGACCGGCGGAGCCGCUCUUCGAGAAGACCGUGACGCCCAGCGACGUCGGGAAACUGAACAGGCUGGUCAUACCGAAGCAGCAUGCCGAAAAGCACUUCCCGCUGAAGUCGGGGAGUCUGCUCCUGAGCUUUGAGGAUGAAUGCGGGAAGGUGUGGAGAUUUAGGUACUCGUAUUGGAACAGCAGCCAGAGCUACGUGCUGACGAAAGGAUGGAGCAGGUUUGUGAAGGAGAAGGGGCUUAAAGCCGGAGGUGUCGUGGUUUUUCGCAGAUCGAUUGGAUCGGAGAAGCAGUUGUAUAUUGAGUGCAAGGCGGAGAAGCCAGUUCAGGUGAUCAGAUUGUUUGGGGUUAAUAUGUUUGAGGUCCCGGUGAAGAGGAAGGAGACGGAGCUGUUCUCGGUACUGGAGGAGGAGAGAGCACUACUCAAGAGGCGGUGCUUGUAGCUAGCCUUUUUUUUUUGCCCCCCUUUUUAUUUUGAUGUUUGAUCUUUGUUAGUGUAAAUUGUGUUAUAGUAGGAGAAAGUUGAAGGUGAUGGAAAAUUUAGCUAAUCAUAGAAUUUUUUUUUGAUAA